CGCGGCUGGGUGGCGGGCAGUUCCCGCCGGCUCUGCGCGUCCGCCUCGGGGCUCGCUCGGGAAGGCAGGCGGCGGCCGAGCGCUGGGCGCGGCGGGCGGACGGGCCGGGCCCGAGCUGCGCGGGGCUGCGCGCGCCGCCCCUGCUCCCGCCGCCCCGGCCCGUGGCCGGCCCACCCGCGCCCUGCGGCGGCUCCUGCGGCGGCAGCGGCCCGCGCCCCGGCGCUUCUCUUUGUCCGCGGGCCGGGCGGGCGGCGGAGGCGGCGGAGGCGGCGUCCCGGCGGCCGGAGGGAGCCCGCGCGGCGGCUGAGGCGGCGGCUCCCCGGCGGCCGGCCGCGCGCGCGCCGCGGCGAUGCCGGACCAGAUCUCCGUGUCGGAAUUCGUGGCCGAGACCCAUGAGGACUACAAGGCGCCCACGGCCUCGAGCUUCACCACGCGCACGACGCAGUGCCGGAACACGGUGGCGGCCAUCGAGGAGGCGUUGGACGUGGACCGGAUGGUUCUGUACAAAAUGAAGAAAUCCGUGAAGGCGAUCAACAUCUCUGGGCUGGCUCACGUGGAGAACGAGGAGCAGUACACCCAGGCGCUGGAGAAGUUCGGUGGCAACUGCGUGUGCAGGGACGACCCAGACCUGGGCAGUGCGUUCCUCAAGUUCUCGGUGUUCACCAAGGAGCUGACGGCGCUCUUCAAGAACCUGAUCCAGAACAUGAACAACAUCAUCUCCUUCCCUCUGGACAGUCUGCUGAAGGGGGACCUGAAAGGAGUCAAAGGGGAUCUGAAGAAGCCUUUUGAUAAAGCUUGGAAGGACUAUGAAACCAAAAUAACCAAAAUAGAGAAGGAGAAGAAGGAGCACGCCAGGCUGCACGGCAUGAUCCGCACCGAGGUCAGCGGGGCCGAGAUCGCCGAGGAGAUGGAGAAGGAGCGGCGCUUCUUCCAGCUGCAGAUGUGCGAGUAUCUGCUGAAGGUCAAUGAAAUUAAGAUAAAAAAGGGAGUGGAUUUACUUCAGAAUCUGAUCAAAUAUUUUCACGCCCAAUGCAAUUUCUUCCAGGACGGGCUGAAAGCCGUCGAAAACCUCAAGCCUUCCAUCGAAACACUUUCGACAGAUCUCCACACAAUCAAACAGGCCCAGGAUGAAGAGAGAAGGCAGCUGAUCCAGCUCCGCGAUAUUCUGAAGUCAGCGUUGCAGGUCGAACAGAAGGAGGAUUCGCAGCUCCGCCAGAGCGCGGCCUACAGCUUACACCAGCCUCAGGGCAACAAGGAGCACGGCACGGAGCGCAGCGGCAGCCUCUACAAGAAAAGCGACGGGAUCCGGAAAGUGUGGCAGAAAAGGAAAUGUUCGGUUAAAAAUGGUUUCCUGACCAUCUCGCACGGAACCGCGAACCGACCUCCGGCGAAGCUCAACCUGCUAACCUGCCAAGUGAAGACCAACCCCGAGGAGAAGAAGUGUUUCGACCUCAUUUCACAUGACCGGACGUACCACUUCCAAGCCGAAGACGAGCAGGAGUGUCACGUGUGGAUGUCUGUACUGCAGAACAGCAAGGAGGAGGCGCUGAACAACGCCUUCAAGGGGGACGACAGCACCGGGGAGAACAACAUCGUCCAGGAGCUGACCAAGGAGAUCAUCUCCGAAGUCCAGCGGAUGACGGGCAACGACGUGUGCUGCGACUGCGGGGCACCAGACCCCACGUGGCUCUCCACCAACCUGGGCAUCCUGACCUGCAUCGAAUGUUCCGGAAUCCACCGGGAGCUGGGGGUCCAUUACUCCAGGAUGCAGUCCCUCACCUUGGACGUGCUGGGGACGUCGGAGCUGCUGCUCGCCAAGAAUAUUGGGAACGCCGGCUUUAACGAGAUUAUGGAGAGCUGCCUUCCUGCCGAGGACGCGGUCAAACCCACCCCAGGCAGCGACAUGAACGCCAGGAAGGACUACAUCACCGCCAAGUACAUCGAGAGGAAGUACGCGCGGAAAAGGCACGCGGACGGUGCAGCCAAGCUGCACAGCCUGGGCGAGGCCGUCAAGACCAGGGAUAUUUUCGGGCUCCUCCAAGCAUACGCCGACGGUGUGGAUCUGACGGAGAAAAUCCCACUGGCCAACGGACACGAGCCGGACGAGACCGCCCUGCACCUCGCCGUCCGAUCGGUGGACCGGACUUCUCUGCACAUCGUGGACUUCCUGGUCCAGAACAGCGGGAACCUGGACAAGCAGACGGGGAAGGGCAGCACGGCUCUGCACUACUGCUGCCUGACCGACAAUGCCGAGUGCCUGAAGCUCCUCCUUCGGGGGAAGGCCUCCAUCGAGAUAGCGAACGAGUCAGGAGAGACGCCGCUGGACAUCGCCAAGCGCCUCCGGCACGAGCACUGUGAGGAGUUGCUGACGCAAGCCUUAUCCGGAAGGUUCAACUCCCACGUUCACGUCGAGUACGAAUGGCGGCUGCUGCACGAAGACCUGGAUGAAAGCGAUGACGACAUGGACGAGAAGCUGCAGCCCAGUCCCAGUCGGCGAGAAGACCGGCCGGUCAGCUUCUACCAGCUGGGGCCUAGCGCAGCAUCUUUGGCCCGAGACGCCACUGGCCUGGCCAAGGACAAACAGAGGAGCUUCGCGCCCAGCAUCUUGCAGAACGAGACGUACGGGGCCAUCCUGAGUGGCAGCCCGACACCCGCCCAGUCUGCAGCUCCCAUCACUACCAGUGCACCCCCACUGCCCCCACGGAACCUGGCCAAAGCUCAGACAGCCUCCUCUGCUCACGCCCCGUGGAAGACGAGCUCUGUGAGUGUGGACGGUGUGAGCCGGCAGCGGUCUUCGUCAGAUCCGCCAGCCGUCCACCCACCGCUGCCCCCGCUCCGCGUGACAUCGACCAACCCCCUGGCUCCCACGCAGUCUGCUUCGGCAGCCAAAACCCCCGGUGUGAUGGAAGCCCUGAGCCAGCAGAACAAGCCGGCCCAGUCCGGGGCCCCGCUGGGCAAAGCCACACCCCCGGCCCUGCCACCCCAGCCACCCAGCCGCCUCCCCCAGAAGAGGCCUGCUCCCGGGACUGACAAGUCAACCCCACUGGUCAGCAAAGGCCAGCCUAGAGGACCUGAUGCCCUGGGCCCUCCGCCGAGUGCCGCGGCCAUGCAGCCCCCCGCGCCUGUGCCCAGGAAGUCGCAGGCUACCAAGCUGAAGCCCAAGCGGGUCAAAGCCCUCUACAACUGCGUGGCCGACAACCCGGACGAGCUGACGUUCUCCGAGGGGGACGUGAUCAUUGUGGACGGGGAGGAGGACCAGGAGUGGUGGAUCGGCCACAUCGACGGGGACCCCGGCCGCAAAGGGGCAUUUCCCGUGUCCUUUGUGCACUUUAUCGCCGACUGAACUGCUACUGAACAGAAACACGUCACAGAUCUGUUCCUGUGUCGUCACUGGUACCAGACUCUUGCCAGAUAACCUCCCGCAUGCCCUGUGUGGGAGAGCCACUGUCCUUGAUGUCACUGUCUGUUUCUAAAACUCAAAGGCAACUUAUAUAUUAAGUGAAUCGUUUUUAUAAUUUGUGAUUUUCAUGAAACAUCGCUAUCUACUUUUAUUGGGAAAAACCAGAUUGCCUAAAAGGUGAACUGAAAAGGUAUUUUAACUACAUAACCGAGGUCCUGGAUCCCCGGAACUAGGUGACCCUAAACACAUUUGCUCCCGGGAAGGAGACUCUUCCCACUCUCCCUGGCUCAUCUCUGAGGUCCGUGACCUUCAGCGUAAUCGUGGUUUAGGAAGCCAGUAAACUCAAUGCUACCAGUUCACCUUUCUAGACUUUUUUUUUUUUAACGGUUCUAAGAUUUCCUUUGGAAGCCACCCAGUGUUUAUUUAAAGCCACUUGGAAACUGACACGUGGGCCCUGUAGCCUCCAACCACAGUCCGUGAGGUUGCAACCGUCACUGUUUUCUGCAUGUGCGUGUGAGCUGUUGUGCAAACCCCGCCUAACAGACUACCGGUCGACUGUCACGGCACACGGCAGUCAGUCCGUCCCGUCCCAGGUUCCGUGAAACUGUUUCCUGAAUUCGGUUCAAAACUAAGGGUGAAGGGUUGCAAAGGAGCUCUUGCGAUGCUUCCGUGUUUCGGAGAUCGCCGCCCCGUGCCCCCUUCAUCGCAGACCCCCACUGUCCCCACUGGCUGUCCCCUCCUGAGUGUGCCACCCCCUCUUUCUCGCUCCUGAGAAUGUUUACUCAGCUCGGUGUCUUGUGUUCAUAAUAACCAACAGGAAUGGUAGUCACACUGUCUUGAAAUUAACCCGUCCCUUCAUCUGUGACCGGAGCGUUUUGGGGACCUGUAGGUCCCGGGUAAUGAGACGCUCCCAAACCCCUACUUCACUAUUGAAGUCAUUGCAUCCUUCUUAGGUCUAAGCUACUGGGGCUGGGGGGUUAGGUUGUGUAGGAUAAAAAUGAAACUCAUUAGCUUGAUGCACUUGACUGUCAUGCCUCUACUCAGCCAUUGUGAGCGGAAGCUCUUAGGAAGAGUGUUGGAAAGUGUGGCGCUCGAGCGUGAUUCGAGCGUGAACAGGCGUGUGGCGCCCGUGUGGAUUCUCACCAAACGCGAAGGGAUCGGUUUGCGUGCGGACGCGGGAGGCGGGUGGCCGCGCUUCGGUUGCAUCGUUGUGAGGUUGGAUCUGGUUGAGGCCGCCUGUGUGUCACGCAAGACUCUUCUCUUGUCUCCGUUUUCACUUGCGUUGUGUUGUGUUGUGUUGCAAAGGGAGACAGAACAAACUGGAACGUUUUACGAUGUUGUACGGCAAGAGCUCUUUGCCUUUCGAAAUCCCAGGUAAAAUGUGUCAGGGUGUGUAGUCUUUUUUUUUUUUUUUUAAAGCACUACAUGUAUCUUCACUAAUUGUUUGUUUCUGAUGUUUGAACCCUCCACUGGGUUAAUUCUCUCAUGGAUUUAAGGAAGUAACCGUGGGUUUUGCACAGCGCACUUCCUGCGCACUUUGAACACAGUCCCCUGCAUCUGUGUCCUCUGCUGGCCGUGGGCCGCCUGGGCGCCGGCUGCAUACGGAAUUGAAGUUGGCUCACACCAACGUUUGGGUACCACUCCCAACUAACCUGUCAGGUUCACUGGCACAUGAGUAUCUAGGAAGUGUCUUUCCAAUCUACAACUUGGUGGUGCUACUGUGCAGUAAUUAAUGACUUGCCAGAGGAGAAAUUGUAUUAACUUCCCUGCUAAUAUCCUUUCCUGGUUAUUUGCUCUUUGCAAAUUAAAAAAAAAACACACACAAAGGAAACCAUUGUAGAUAUCUAUUUAUAUUUCAGGUUUAUGUUCCAUGAACUGAGCUGCAGGAUCUGGCACUUUGCGGGCCACUUCCAUGGGGUCUGACCUCCAGGGACAAGGACUUGGGGACGGGCGGUGACCGACUGGUCUGCCGAGGGUGGGCAACGUGAGGCGCGGCUUGAAGUGCUCUUUGAGGUGUAUGAUACUCAUUCUUCACUCGAUUACUCUGGCCUAGUUGCAGCGCAACUGUGUAUAUUGUAUAACCCAAAUCGAUCCUUAUUUUCAUUGUCCUUGCGCGGUGAUUUAUAACUAGAGCAUGUUUAAUAAAUUUACUCGUUAACUAGUCAUUUGACUAGAAAGAAAUAAAAUACUUUUAAACGGA